AUGGCGGGUCUCGAUGCCAGUUAUAUCGCUUGUCUGAACGAAGCACAUUUGAUUUGUACCAUUUGUGACGGGCCGCUACGAAAACCCAUCAUCUCACCUUGCUUCCACGCCUUUUGCUCCACCUGUCUUAACGAUAGGUUUGCGCAGCAGAAAGGCAAAGUCAAACAAUGUCCUGUUUGUGACACCGAGCUCUCGCCUGACGAAAGGAAAUCGCCGCCUCAGGUUCAGUUUCUACAAACCCUUCAAGAGGUCAUCAAAUCUAAACGAUUCGAGCAAAAACAUUGCGGUUUUUGCGACAGGGAAAAAUACGCUGUGUGGUACUGCAAAAAAUGCGACGACAAUCUUUGUGGGCAAUGCAAGGAAAAUCACAGCAAGUUGAAAGGAAAAGAAAAACACCGGGAAUUUGAUUUUCUGGACGAAACCGUAAAGGAAAUUUGUCAACGCCGUAAUGAUUUUCACUGUGAGGACCAUGCCGAGGAAAUUUUAGCGUACUAUUGUAAUACAUGUUCUAAGACGGUGUGCGUGGUUUGUGAAUCAGCCCGUCAUGACGCCCACACAACCACUCGUCUGUCAAAAAAGGCGGACACGCUGAGAAAAGAGCUCUCGUCUGCAGCGGAUGACUUCAUCACGAAUUUACAAGAACUCCAAGAAAAGAGCAAUAUACGUAACAGGAAAGCAACUGAAAGCAGAUCUCAGAUCGAAGAGGACGUUAAGAAAUGGGCUAAAACGUUAAAGAAUGCAAUCGACGCUAAAGCUAAAGAGAUCUUGGGAAAGUUGUCUAAUCAGGACGAAAGUGACCAGAGUGACCGAAGUGUGGAUUAUUCACUGUGGAAUGAUGUGUGCUUUUUCCCGAAGCAGUUGAGUGAUUACGGAAGUGAUGUGGAAGUCAUCAACUUGGCGGACACAGUAAUGGUGAAACUGCAGAAUUUAAAGGCUAAAAGGGGCCCUUCUUACGAUGACAACCUCAAGGUCAUGAAGUUUAUCCCUGAACUGAAAUGUUCCUCAUCGGACGUGUUAAGUAUUGGGUGGAUUGACGAGAGAUCUGGAUCGAACGACAAUUCUAAAAUUUCCAAGCGUGAAAACGAAAGAACAGAAAUGUCUACAUUUGCUGUGCAAAAUUCACUGCUGACUACAACUAAAAUGCUGACGUCAUUUCAAGCAGAGUGGGACGUUACAGGGAUAAGUGUGACAUCACACAAUGAGUAUCUUAUUAACAGUAGACUCCAGAAGGCCUGCCUGGUCUACCAAGCAUCGGGGAAUCUCGUUCGGGAAGUGAAAUCUCGCGGAUUAAACCCUUUUGAUGUCACUGUGCUGAAAAACGGAAAUUACGUCAUAACAGACCGAGACGCAAAGAAAGUAAACGUUUACAGUCCCGAGGGAAACUUUCUGGAAACGCUAAAGAUAGAGAUUGGCGAGCCAGCUGGGAUCGCUGUGUUAUCAAAUGGCGACUUGGUUAUUACCGAUCUCCAGCAGAAAGACGUCUGUGUGUUUUCGCCACACCGUAAAAUGUUUCCUUUAAAGUCACUGAAAACGGAAAACGGAAACCGGACGUUCAAAUGGCCUUUAUAUGUGACUGUAAACAGCAUGGAUGAGAUAAUUGUAUCUGACAAUGAACUUCAUUGCGUGAAGAUUUUCGACAAGAAAGGCAAACUGCGUACACAGCACGGUCGCUAUGGCGAAGACGGGGAAAACCUACGCGGACCACGAGGUGUAUGUACCGAUUCGUCGGACUAUAUUUUCGUGACGGAUUACACCAAUGAUCGGAUACACCUACUCUCACCCGAAGGGAAAUUUGUACGAAUUCUUACCGCACGAGAAAACGGGUUAUCCGGACCACGAGUUGUAACCAUUGAUGCAGAGGGUAGACUUGUCGUCUGCCAGGAGAAUGCAACUGUUAAAAUUAUUGAUUACAAGAAAUAG